AGGGCGUGUUCGCAAACGCUGCCAGAGGCUGGACAUGUAGAGGCCGUGCGGGAGUACACGCGCGCGAGAAGAAGCACCUGGGCAUGUGCUGUUUGGUUUUCGCGUUGAUAUGAGAAGAUUCUAGAAGGUAAUACGCGAUGGAGGACGAGGCAGACGGCAAGCUGAUUCUGAAGGAGAAUACCAAGGUAGAGGUCGCGGAGGGCGAGAAGGGCGAGGAGGCCGAGCUGUGCACGCGCCUCAAGAUGGCCCGGAAGAGCUUGACCAGAUGCCAUGGGGUCGAGGAGACCUUCGAGGGCGAGUUCGACCCCUGCCUCAGCAGCGAGCCCAAGGUCGAGUACGAGAACGAGAGCUUUGAGCCUGCGCCGCACUGCACAUCCCCUGGAAGCGCCAGGAACUCGGCCGAAGUCUGCCUUGUCCGUCCUGGCAAGGAGUCGUCCGAUGGGGACGCGUCACCCUCCACCGAGGACGCGGCGCCCGCGCUAUCGUCGCCGGCGACGCCGCACACUGAGCACGGCAGCAGCAGCCGACACAGCAGCAGCAGCGGCGACUGCGAGGAAGGCGCCCGCGACGGAUACGACGACAUCUCGGCGUCCAUGAGCGUGAUCCGCAUGGAGAAGUUCGCGCUGGAGAAGCGCCGCGUGUCGCGCAUCCUGCCCAAGUGUCUGCACCGCACCUUCGUCGACCCCGACGUGGAGCAGUUGUUUCAGGCGUACCACGAGCGGCAGCGGCGCGCCGACCUGCACAUACUACUGGCGGCGGGCGGCAUUUUCACGGCCUACAGCGUGACAUUAUGCCUGGCGGAUGCCCAGGACCCCGCGCUGCCCGCGCCACUCGCGCUCGCCUGCAUCGGCGCCCUCCAUGUACUCCUGCUGCUGCUGUGCCGCCUCCACGUCUUCCCUGAGCGAUCGUGGAUCCUCCUGCCGUACCUUGCGUGGGCGCUGUUCCUCACGGGCGUGGGCGUGUUCGUCAUCCUCGGCCCGCUGACGCCCGUGCCGCGCAACGCGCUCCUCUGGCUUAUCCUCCUGCACUUCCUGGUGUUCGUGGGGCUGCCACUGCGCCUGCCCGCGUGCCUCGCGCUCACCGCUGCCACCGCCGCCGCCCACCUCACCACGUCGGCCCUCCUCACGCCCGCGCCGCACCGGUACACCACACAGUUCGACAAACGCUGA